AUGGCGCAGUCCGAACGCGAGUGGCCUCUCGACUUCCCAUGCAUCUCGAAGGCCGACUUCCACUAUCAAACUAACAAUGUGCCCAAAGGGGCCAAAGGGAAGGUAGUGGGCAGGAAUGAUGACUGGUUAUUCAUAACAAUGCCAUAUGAGAAGCAGCAGCAAUCUUCAUGGAUACCAUUGAGCUACCUGGAGAUCGGCAAAAACCGAAAAUGUGGAGAUCUUGCCAUGAAAGUCAAUCUGCCAGCGAUACGCCCGUCUCAGCUGACCGUGCCAUUGAACCAACAGAGUCGGCUGCGACGUGCCAUUGAAGCUUUUCUGCUCGAGCUACGUGAGAAUGCAGAAUCGCUCCAUUUCCUCCCUCCCUGGUUCUGUGAGCGACUCAGAAGUCUGGAUCAAUUGCGGACCAUGAUCAACACCAUCAUGCAAGGAAUGCGACCUGCAGUGCUCCAGCUUCUCAAUACUGGCAAUUUCACCAUUGAAAAUCUGCGAGUUGUCCUGGAGCCGGUUGCGCCAAAGGACAAUCGUGGAGGCAUCUACAGCCGGAUAUACUUUGGCUUUCCUAUGAAUGCACAAGGAGUCCGACGUUAG